CGAGUACUCGUACACUGAAGCCCCGAUCUCUGAGUUGUCUUGUGAGUUCUUUUCAGUAUGAUGGGCCCCUCCUUCUGGUGUGUCACUGGGUAAGAUACAGCACACGCACCAAAAGGUAGCCGCCGGGGUCACACGGCGUAGGGAGAGAAGGGAAAAAAAGAAUCCUCACCAUCACCCAGAGGAAUGCAAUAACUCAUGACGAGAGCGGCAGAUAGGAUUCCAAACACCAGACGAUAUGAUCAACAUGUGAUGUCGAAUGGACACAGGAUAGGAGUAAUAGAUCUACAAAACAAAUAGAGACGUCUAGAGAGCCUCAUGCUUUUGUUCCAUUUUUUGUUCACUUCGAUGGGGGGCUGCGUAUUGCAUAUCAUAGGUGGAACCUUCAUCGCCAGCCCUCCCCGAUCUUCACAGAGCCCCAGCCCAAAAACCCAAAAGUUGUUGGCCCGAACGGCGAACCCCCGAAUAAACCCAGAUCUAGGAACGCCCAUUACUAUUGUCCACUGAAACACAACAACCCACCAGGGCCCACAGCAGCGGAAAAAAAAAAUAUUCAACCACACUCACCGGCUAUCGUCCAACCGUAGUGAAGCAUGCAGAGAGCAUCACUACGAUCAGUUUUAUCCACCGCUCGCAGGAGUACAACCGUCUUGCCCUUGAGGCGCCCCGGGAAUGUCACGGCUCUCAGGCUCGCUCCCCUCUCGACCCGUUCUAACCCUCCCAUCUCCGGCCCCGGGUCCAUGAAUACAAAAAAGCUCUCGCUUGCCCUACUCAGCGGUUUGGUUUUGACGGGUGCUUGGUACUAUAGGGACACUCUUUUGGGGGCUAGUGAACCUGGGUUUCCGAUUGCGGGCGAAUCGUCAUCAACCCCAUCCACUGCCACCACCGCUGUUGGACCCGGGGCAGCCGAGGAGGGACCGAGGAAAGUUGUGGCCGUCGACAACGAAUCCGUUUAUACCGGCACCCUUUCCGCCGGGCCUGGAGGAAGGGUUAGCAAGGAGGUUGAGAAUAACGGGGAGAAGGUCGUCGAGAUGUUGACCCCUGAGCAAGCUACCUCAAAGUUGAGACGGAAUGAGGAGAGUUAUUUUGUUGGGAGAGGAAAAGGCGUUUGGAGAUACGAUGUGGUCCAAGUUCCCAGCAACGACCCUAUCGAAGACGAUCAUGCCGAAAAGAUUAUCGAAGUCCCCCCCACCGUGGUACCAGCGGAGGAAGGGCAGGAAGCUGGGCCCAGCGAUUGGAUGUUUUGGGGAGUUUUUGACGGUCACAGGUUCGCUCCAUCCCCUUUAGUAGUUUCCACACAUUGUUUACCCCCAAAUUUUCUGAACACUGCUGACAAUUGCCCCCCCACAGCGGCUGGACCACUUCCGCAAAACUCCGUCAGGUUCUCAUCACGUUUGUUGCUCGCGAGAUCAGCAACACGUACAAAGCAGCCGUCGCGGACCCAACCCCCAAGACACCAUCCCCUGAAUCAAUUGACAAUGCCAUCAAAAAGGGAUUUCUCCAACUGGACCACGAAAUCAUUCACGAGAGCGUCGACAAGGUCUUCAAGAAUCCUUCAAAGUUGGUAGCCGCCGAGACGUUAGCACCCGCCCUUUCCGGCUCCUGUGCACUCCUCGCCUUUUACGAAAGCCGUUCGAAACUCCUGCGAGUUGCCGUCACAGGUGACUCAAGAGCUGUGCUAGGUCGUCGCGGCAGCAGCGGUAAAUGGACUGCAACACCUCUUUCUGAAGACCAGACCGGUUCCAAUGAGUCCGAGGCUGAACGGAUGAGGAAGGAGCAUCCCGGAGAGGAAUAUGUCGUGAGAAAUGGGCGUGUUUUGGGUGGGCUUGAGCCUUCACGGGCAUUCGGGGACGCUUUCUACAAGUGGAGUUAUGACACCCAAUUGAAGAUCAAGAGUCAGUUCUUCGGACGAACCCCCAGCACAUUACUGAAAACACCUCCCUAUGUCACCGCAGAACCAGUUAUCACUACAACCCGGAUAGAACCCGAGAAGGGCGACUUCUUGGUAAUGGCUACGGACGGGCUGUGGGAAAUGCUAACGAACGAAGAAGUCGUUGGACUCGUGGGUAAAUGGUUGGAUGACCAGAGGGCAGGCUCCAAGGAUGGAAAGCCAUGGUUUGGCAGCUGGUUCGGGGGGGGGAAGGACCAGGGAAUGCUGCCAGUUGAGGCCGCGACUGACGAUGCCACUGGCCAGCGCCAACCAAUCCGUAUCAAGCAGUGGGGAGUCACGGCGAAGGACAGUGAGAGGUUCGUCUGCGAAGACCGGAACGCUGCCACUCACUUGGUUAGAAAUGCACUUGGUGGCAAGAACCAGGACAUGCUUUGCGCGCUGUUGACACUGCCCAGCCCUUACUCUAGACGCUAUAGGUACAUCUCCAACAACCCUAAUCACACGAACGUAUAUGCAUGAACUAACAAUCCCGCCGCAGAGACGAUCUUACCGUCGAGGUAAUCUUCUUCGGCGACAACACCGAAAAUAACGGUCAAGUUACCAUCAAUAAGGAAGCCACCGCAACCGUUAAGAACGACACUCCCCAAGCAAAACUAUAAAUAAUAAAUCAAACCCUCCAUCGUCACCGCCAUCAUAACUAUCAUUUAGAGUUGACAGCAUCCCUAACCCUACAUCUUCUUCGCCAUCAGAUUUGAUAUAUUAAAGAAAAGAACCCCACGCUUAAACCAUAAUCGCUACUUUUCUUCUUGUUCACUUAAUCGAUCUGGGGGUAUUGUGUCUGGCUCUUACCCACAUGCUGUGCUUCGCUAAAAGUUGUCUUGUUUCACAUUUCAUUUGUCUAAUCCCGAGGGCAAAGUGAUGGAAUGAAGACUGCAUUGAUUUCUGUUGCUGUCCUCUCUUGUUUUGGCUGGCUGGCUUGGGGCGGAUUUUUCCACGUCUAUACUUACUCUACUCUUGCAUUUUUUUUUUCUUCCGUUAUCUUUUGUAUGACAUAGUAUCGGCGUUCGGGGAGAGAAAUACAUACUGUUUUCCUGAUAGC